AUGCACAACGAUACAAGGCCGAGAACCAGUAAUGCGCAUUUUGCUGCUGCAGCGAAUGAGACAGUGGUCAAUUCUGACAGUGCAUAUAAUCUUUCAUUUGGUCCAGCCGGUUUUUACUACGACUGCGAUCACUAUCAUUAUCACUACUACUACUACUACUACUACUACUACUACUACUACUACUACUACUACUACUACUACUACUACUACUACUACUACUACUACUACUACUACUACUACUACUACUACUACUACUACUACUACUACUAUCACUACUACUACUACUAUUACUAUUACUACUACUACUACUACCACUACUACUACUACUACUACUACCACUACUACUACUACUAUUACUAUUACUACUACUACUACUUCGUUUGUUAG